AUGGCAGAUUUUGAACAAUCUUUGUUAUCGUCAACAGAAGACAGAAUAAAACAUGGUGUAGUAGUUCUUGGUGGUGGUUGGUCUGGUCUUUAUGCUUUAAAAUAUCUUUUAGCUGAAGGUCUUGAUGCACAUUUAUACGAAAGUCGUUCAAAUAUUGGUGGUAUUUGGUAUUUUGAUGAAAAUGAAAAUGUUAGCGGUGUUUAUAAAACAGCUCAUGUUACAUCAUCAAAAACAUUUUUACAUGCAUCUGAUUUUCCAAUUCCGACUACAAUUGGGGAAUUUCCUCAUCAUGAAGAAGUUCUUGCUUAUUUACAUUCAUAUGCUGAUCAUUUUAAACUUUGGUCAAAUAUUCAUCUUAAUUCAAAAAUUGUACGUGUAGAACCACAAUGGACUCUUACAUUAAAUGAUGGUUCAAAUAUAAUUGAUUGUGAUUAUCUUGUUGUUUGCUCAGGACAACAUCAAAUAGCUAAUGAUCCACGUUCAAGUUAUCCAUUUAAUCAAUUUACUGGUACAUUUUCUCAUAGUAUAACAUAUAAAACUCCAUAUGAUAAUAAAUUUAUUAAUAAAAGAAUUCUUGUUGUUGGUGGUGGUGAAACAGCAAGUGAUUUAGCUGUUGAAUUAAGUGCUACAGUAGCUAAACGUGUAUAUAUGAGUAUUCGUGAAGGACAAUGGUUUCAAUCACGUAUAUUAGGACAACAACCAGCUGAUAUUAUGUAUACAAUGUUAAUGAGAUUAUUUGGUUAUUAUAAUAAUAUAUUCGUUCGUUGUUGGAGACGAAUGUUUUUUGUACCUAUGUGGGGUAGUGGUGGUACAGGUGUACCUUAUUGGGCUCCAACAGUACCAUUUUUACAUGGUUUUAUUAAUAAAAGUCGAGAAGUUGUUGAUUAUAUUGCACUUAAUCGUGUUGUUCCAAAACGUGGAAUUAAAAAUAUUGAUGGACAAUUAAUAACAUUUGAUAAAGAAGAAAAUCCAAUUGAAAUUGAUCAUAUUCUUUUAUGUACUGGUUUUCAAUGGACACAUCCAUUUUUUUCUAAUACAGAUAUACAUGAUUUAUAUAAACUUGUUUUUGCAUCUGGUGUUAAUGGAACUUUAGCAUUUGUUGGUACAGCAAGACCAGUAUUUGGUUCUAUACCAACAAUGGCAGAAUUACAAGCACGUUGGAUAGCUGCAGUAUUUUCUGGUCGACGACAUUUACCAUCAGAAAAAGUAAUGGCUCAACGUCGUCGAGCAUAUUGGGCAAGACAUGCUUGUCUUUAUCCACAUGAUCAUAAACGUCUUAAACAAUUAGUUAAUCUUUUCGAAUAUAGUGAUGUCAUUGGUGAUGAAUUAGGUGUACGAAUUAAUUUAUUUUAUUUAUUUUUUCGACAUCCAAUAGCUUGGUAUCAUAUUUAUUGUGCUUCUCCAUGGUCACCAUUUCUGUUUCGUAUUGGUCGAUUAUCAUCGGACGAUGAAAAAUUAGCUUAUCAACGACAUUUAUCAUGUAUACCCGAAAAAAAUCAAACAUUUCAUCGAUAUAAUGAUCUUAUGCUAUAUGCAUGUACAUUAAAAUUAUGGUAUUCAUUACCUAAUGGUCUCCCAGCAACUGAUAACAAUCUAGUCAGACGGCAAACACCUAAACAACAACGAGCACGUUUAAGAAAAAUGAAAUUUUUUGCUUUUUAUUGUACAUUGUUCAAAAAAACCUUUCUCAAAAAAAAAAUUCAUUCUAAAGGUUUUCGACUAUGGAAUGAAACAUUAAAUGUACCCACAUUAACAGAUGACUCACUUUAUGGUAUCUAUCAAUCAAUGGGUCGAAUCACUUCAGAGUUUCUUAAUAAAGGACUACGAUAUGAUGAAACCAUCAGUUAUGAAGAGUUAUUUAAAGCUGGUCGAACUGUUUGGUUCAUGAUUGCUUUUCAAAUGCAACUUAACUUACCUUUAAUUUUAACUGAUUCUAUAUUUGGUUAUAAUAUGCUUUAUCCAUAUACAGAUGAUUUAGUCGAUUGUAAUGAUAUCAGUAGAGAAGCAAAAGUCGAUUUCGCAAAACUUUUCCAUGAACGACUACUGAUUGGCGAACCAACAUAUGAUCCUACAGUACAUUUUGAUGGUAAACAAUCAAAUGUUUCGGAAUUAAAUUUACCUCCAUCAUUAAAAUCACAAGCUAAUCGUAUAGUCAAAAUAUUUGAUAUGGUUAAAUUUAUUGAAAAUGAUUGGAGGCGUGGUGAUGAAUAUGAAGGUGUUUAUAUGAGUUUAGCUACAAUACAUGAAUCACAAAUGAAAUCCACAUUACAACAUGCAAGAACUGAAGAUGGUUAUGAACCAACAAUGACACAAGUCGAACAAGUUAGCGCAGAAAAAGGUGGUGCAUCAUUAAUAGCUGCUGGAUUUUUAAUUGAAGGACGAUUAACACGAGCUAAAAUGGCUUAUUUAGAAUAUUUAGGAUUUGGUUUACAAUUACUUGAUGAUUUACAAGAUGUAAAAGAAGAUAUGAAAAAUAAUCAUCGAACAAUUUUUACUCAAACUCUUGCUGAAGGUCGAUCAUUAGAUGCACCAACAGCACGUCUUAUACAAUAUUGUUAUUGUGCACCAGCAUAUGAAAAAUUUAGUGAUGAUCAACGUACAGUUUCAGAUCGAAAAACUGGUGUUACAUUAGCGCAAUAUGUUCGAAUAUCAAUGAUGAUGUUUUCUGUUGUAUUAGUUUUAGAAGCUGCAUCACGAUUACAAGAAUAUUAUUCAAAAGAAUUCUAUUGUGAAUUAUCUUCAUUAAGUCCAAUUACAUUUAAUGAUCUCAAAACAGUUCGUGUUGAAGAAACAAUUUGGGCUAUUGUACGAAAUCAAUGGUUUUGA